ACGUUCCGCUCCCGCUCCCUCCGCCGCCGCCCCCCCCGCUCCCGCCGCUGCCGCCCCCCCCGAAAAUGGGACCUCCGUGCGGCCCUGGAGCGGACGGCGGCGGAGGUGGAGGACGGCGGCAUCCGGGAGCUGCUGAGGAGGCGGCGGGAUAGCCUGACCCCCGACCUCCAAUGGCUCCUCCUGCACCGCCCCGCUCCCCCCCUCCUCCAGGACGGCCCACAGUGUGGGCUGGUAGCCCUAUGGAUGGGGGGGUCCCUGGUGGCCCCCGGGCACGGGCUGACGUUGGCUCAGGUGGUGCAGACAGCGUUGGAGCGCCGUUAUACGCUGCAAGGGGAGAUGUUCUCUGGUAUUUAAC